UAUGUUGACCUGCAGAGACAUGAGUGUGGAGGAAGUUGACCUGCCUCACUGUAGAGGGCGAAAAGUGGGAUUAACCAACGUUUGGUUGCUCAUUAACAAACACUGAUUAUUGCACACUUCACUUUUAUCUCUUGAGUUCAUCUGAGGAAAGCUGUCAGACGACUCGGAGCUGUGGGUUUUCUUAAGUAGUGUGUUAUUGUCCUCCAGAGGCUCCAGCAAAACGAGGCUGCACAAUUUAAUACUUGCAACCCGGAAGGCAUUAACUGCUCAUUAUCAUCACAUUUGUCCCGGUUAAGAUCCGCUAGGACGGCUAGGAUAGCAUCGAGGAACGACAAUGAGCUCGGUGAUAACGGUAAGCAGGGUGACAGCGCUUCACCGGGCUCUGGCUCUCACGCUCCGCCUCCGACCAAACACCGAGGGUUGGAGUGACGCAGCAGCCGAGAGCAGGCGCUUCUGCCCCGGCGUAAGUUAUGACUUUGGCCCGGUGCGAGCUCCAAGGAGAUCGUACUGCUCCAGGGUGGCGCUUAAGGAUGGGCUCUUCUUCAGACAACUGUUUGAGAAGGAGAGCAGCACCUACACCUACCUGCUGGCAGACACGGACAACAAGGAGGCGAUCCUCAUCGAUCCUGUACUGGAGACCAUUGACAGGGACCUGAAGCUCAUACAUGAACUGGGGCUCCAUGUAAAAGUGGCAGUAAACACCCACUGCCACGCUGACCACAUCACAAGCACGGGGCUGAUGAAGAAAAGAUUGCUUGGGCUGAAGAGUGCAAUCUCUAAAUUCAGCGGCGCCACUGCAGAUAUCCUCCUGUCAGAGGGCGACAAGCUCCCCUUUGGGAAACAUCAUCUGACGGUGAGAGAGACGCCUGGACACACCGAUGGGUGUGUGUCGCUGGUUACAGAUGAUCAGAGCAUGGCUUUUACUGGAGACGCUCUGCUCAUCAGAGGCUGUGGCAGGACGGACUUCCAGCAGGGCUGCCCUAAGAGGCUCUAUCAGUCAGUCCAUCAGAAGAUCUUUUCUCUGCCUGACCAGUGCCUCAUCUACCCGGCACAUGACUACUUAGGUCAGACGGCGUCUACAGUCGGUGAGGAGCGCAGGUUUAACCCACGCUUGACCAAGAGCCAGGACGAGUUUGUGAACAUCAUGGAAAACCUGAAUCUCCCCAAACCGAAGAAAUUAGAUAUCUCAGUGCCUGCCAAUCUGGUUUGUGGAGUCCAUCAAGUCUGAAUUUCCCUCUAAAGGAAGGGAGAAUCACAUCAACUGCAUUAUAGUGAAACACGUACAUUUACAUGUUAGCCUCCAAUCAAGAUUAACCAAAACCAUUUAGUGCAUUAAUCUGUGUAUUUAUGUAAAUAUAAAGAUUUAUAUUUUAAUAGAUGUUGGAUCAGCAUCUAGCCUGCAGCUACAUGCGUCAGUGUGAUCAAACUUAGAGCAGUACUUGAAACUUGUAACUUUAACUGCACCUCUUUCAGUCUAAAGCCGUUUUCACAUAUGUACUCCGGAUAAUAUCUAGAUAUAGUCCGCGCGAAAAAUGCGGCUGUUUGCGUUCACAAAAUAGCCUAAAGAACCUCCGGGUAGCCAAAUCUCUGGAGUUUUUCAGGAGAUUUCCAUAUGUGUGAAAAGGGUUUUAGUCUCUUCACCAUGAAGCCCUGAUUCUUUCCUUAUUUUACUUGGUUUAAUAAAAUCUCCACUGAGAGGUGAGUUCUUAAUCAGUGUUGGCUUUAAUACGGACUUCAAAGGCAGAGGUGAAGAAACUAAGAUGAUGUUAGUCAUGGAGGAAUUACGAGAGGAAUUCAGCCGUACAAGGGUUAAUUUUGGGCUAGAGUAAAAGUUGAUGGUGAGAUAUUGAAUCGCUCUCCAAAACUGUAGUGCUGCAAAAAAGAACAACCCGUGUGUAAACUUGCUCAAAAUUCAAAAUGCAAUCAGUUCUUUUUCAAUAAUCAGAAAAGGAGAGCUUAAGAUCUGUAAAUGAAGAAAAAAACUAUGAACUUUAUUUUGUAUUUUAAAUAAAUAUAAAUGAGAGUA